AGGCGUUCCCUCGAAAUGAGCUGUGAAGGAGGGGGGUUGUUCUUACUCAUCUCAUUUCAAAAACUCACUAACUGUCUUUGGUUUCUCAGUCGACGAAAAGAUCCUCUUUAGCACCUUUAAGCAUGAGGUACCUGAUGUGUAUUUACUGCAGUUAUAAAAUAAUAAGCUCUCAUAAAGGCUCUUGAAAAUCAAUCUCAAGGGGCCAUAUAUUUUAAUUUAAUUUUUUGCACCAGUGUUGCAAUAGCUAGUACAUAUGUCAGCUAGUUAAAUGGCACUAUCAUGCUACAAACGGUAAAAGAAUUUCAGAUGCAAAACUGACAAAUUUUCUCUGUGUAAUUAUUAAAUAUAAUAUAAUGAAACUAAAAGAUGCUUCAGUAAAGUCUUUGGCUGUCUUGGGUCAAAAAGAAGAGAAGGUUUGACCUUUGAGUAAGAAGAAUGGGAGUCAAGGAUACAAAUGUAAACAUGCCACCAAUAGACUUCAGUUGCUUCACAGCUACAUUUACCUACAGGAAUGAGCGGCGUUGAAUAAAAAUCAUGACAUGUUACAAUUUAGCUUCCUCUUUAUUUUAAUAGUUUUAGGAUUUUUUUAAACGGUGCCAAAACUCCAAUAAUGGCCCUGGGGACGGAGUGUUUACUGGGUGAUCCGACGCUGGAAGAGGAAUUCAGGCGGUUAAAAAAACGUGAUUUGACAGAGACGUACCUAUUUAAAAUGGCAUGUGGUUCGUUUACACCUCAAAAAUGCAGUGGUAGUGCCUUUAGGAAGCAUAUGAUGGAUAAGGUAAAAACCUUUCCCGCAACUCGUCCACAGCCGAAACACCUUGACGUUCGACCUGCUAUACCAAAAUCAGACCUCAGAGGCGCUGCUGAGUUCUACACGCGUUUCCCUGGAGACAAGCCCGCGGAACACCCGGACUGGAUCAUGGACAGGAAAGCGUUCAGAGACGCGCUUGACGGUAUGGGAGAUCUGCGCAGAUGGCUCCAUAAUAAACCGAUUCUCACCGACCUGGAGGUUCUCGUCACGGAACGAGACAGAAAAGAUAAGCGGAUGUCAUCACCCCCUUCAAAAACAAGCAUUUUCCCACCACCACCACCACCAGAUGUUACAACUUCUCCGCGCGCGCUCAGAGGUGAAGUUGAAGAAGUGAAGAGCUUUCUGAGCUCUUGCGAAGCCUGCAGUCUCUCCAAAUUCUUGGACUGGUAUGGGAGUGGUAAAUUAAAUCGUGUAGACCUCUGUGCUCUCUUUAAGAAGGAAGGCUUCCGUAUACAGCCUGAGCGGAUGAACGUGCUGAUGUCCUAUUUAAAUAGCAAAGAUGGAAACUCGGUAACUGUGGAAGACCUGACUGCAGGUAUCCAGGCCUGGAGCGGAAAGCAUCAGGAAAGGGAAGAACAAAAAUCAAACGCUGGUUAUUGGAACGUAGACCGUGAUAAAGUGAUUGGGACAAGACACCUUCCACUAGAGGAGAAAAAAGAGAUGAGCAUGGAGGACAUGGAGGUGCUAGCGAUCAUGAGGAAAGUUUUGGCAGCCACCAAGAUCUCUUGCCCUUCUUCUCUGAGUGGCACAAUGGGCAGAGAAGUGGAUCGUUUCAGGAUACGUUGUUUCAGAGAAUACCUAAAAUCUACGGAGCAGUGUCAACGACAGGGGCUUAAUGUGAGCCAGACCACUCUACAGAAAGUCCUGUUGCAUCCUGGUGACAUGAGUAUAUUCAGCAGCUCCAAAUUUGGAGGGAAAGGUCACUUGUCAGGCUGUGGUGGACGAGAACAAGGCCUGACAUCCCUCAGGACAUCCAAAACACACAGAGUUGAAAGUGGUGCAAAUAAGGGCCACAAAGCGAUGAAGAAGCAGUCAAUUCGCUGGGCGGACCCUAAUGCUUUCUGGCCUGGAAAGGAAGAUCAUGUGCGCUUGUUUCUGCCUGUAAUGACAAGCUCUCCUGCGAUGGUUUUAUUUCAGCAUAUUGAUCGUACUGUUGCGCCAAGUCCUGGACACUGGCCUGUAAAUCAUUUAGGAUACUCAACCUCUGGAGAUAUAGAAGCUCGCAAGAUGUACACUCUCUAGAACAUUUCUGACUCUAUCAAACGUCUAUAUUAAAGUCGGCAUGAAACGGAAGUUACGACAGGAUAAAUCAUUUAUAAUAAAUACUGCAAUAUUGCAUAAGAAUUGUCAAUUUUGAUUUCACGGUGACUUAAAAACAGACAUUGUUGUUUUGACUUUCUAAAAUGCUAAUUUCUAUCAUUAGAUGGCGGCACGCAAAAGCUCAAAUAUGUAAAUGUGCUGCUCUUUUUAGCUACACAGUUCUUUUUGUCACUCAACAUAUUCUCAUAUGUGAUGAAAAGUGAGCUCAAGCAUUAUGUUUGAUUUAAUAAAUACUAAAAUGUAAAAUUUUCUCUUCA